UAUCUCAGCGCCGAUCGCUGUGAAAUAUUCCUCGGCAGCAGCACAGGACCUCCAUCGUGGUGGGAUGCACGGCUUGAGGAGGAGCGUGUCGUGCGUCGGAGGUUUUGACAGCGACGCUCACGGCCUCGACCCCCCCUCCACCCCAACACAUUGCAGUGACAACGGCGUUGGCGCGGCAAAGUUAUGUGUUGGUGGUCGAGGCAGAGUGAAAUACGAGUCGUGUGCGCUGACGGGAGGGGCCGCGACCCCACCACUGCUCCUGUGACGACACCGUGAGAGCGAGAGAGCGAGCACGAGAGAGAGAACGAGAGAGCGAGAGAGAGAGAACACGAGAGAGAGAGAGAGAACGUGAGAGAGCGAGAGCAUAGCAGCCGUUCAGCUGCUGCUCACGAAAGCGUUUUUCCCCCCACCCCACCCCGUGCCUUGCUGUGCGAUCGAACGGAAUACACCAGCCUCUGCGCUGCACGGUGCCAUCGGAAGAUGUUACUUUGGAGCCGCUGAGACGACGCCGGCGUCGUUAAUUGACGUCGCUCCUUGGGAGGAGGAGGAGCGAGGAAGAGGAGGAGGAGGAGUGGAGGCUGUCGAGCAUGAACCGGCUGCUGGCGCUGAUGAGGCAGGUGCGGCGCACGCUGCGCAGGAGGAGACCCAGCCGAUACCGGCCGGAGGAGGAGUACUGCGAGGGUUACGAGGACGUCUACAGCUACCGGGACGAUGGGCCCUACGCACGUGCGAGCGGGCUGGCACGCGUGGAUGGCACGGUUGCGCUCAGACGCCACAGCAUCCCAGAGGAGCUGCGGGGCAGCACCACGGUGGAGCUCAUGAAGAAGGAGGGCAGCACGCUGGGGCUCACGGUGACGGGCGGCACGGACAAGGAGGGGCGGCCCCGCGUCUCCAACCUCCGGCCAGGAGGCAUCGCGGCACGGAGCGACCAGCUUAACGUGGGGGACUGCAUACGCACGGUGAACGGCAUCAACCUGACGCGGCUGAGGCACGACGAGAUCAUCAGCCUCCUGAAGAACGUGGGCGAGCGCGUUGUGCUCGAGGUGGAGUACGAGCUGCCCCCGCUCGCGCCUGACAGCACUGCUGGAGUGAUUGCGAAGACCAUCGAGAUAACGCUGUACAAGGAAGGCAACAGCUUUGGCUUCGUCAUCAGAGGUGGCGCCCAUGAGCAGAGGCACAAGUCGAGACCCAUCCUGGUGACGUGCGUAAGACCGGGCGGUCCUGCCGACCGGGAAGGCACGCUGAAGGCGGGCGACCGGCUUCUGAACGUGGACGGCAUGAGCCUUCACGGCGUGUCGCACGCCGAGGCGCUGGCGAUCCUGCGCGAGUGCGGCCAGGAGGCCACGCUGCAGAUCGAGUACGACGUCUCCAUCAUGGACUCCGUGACCAAUGCCUCUGGGCCGCUGCUGGUGGAGGUGGCCAAGACACCGGGCAGCAGCCUGGGAGUGUCUCUGAGCAGCCCCGGGCACCUGCACAAGCCGACCAUCAUCAUCGACAAGAUCCGCCCAGCCAGUGUGGCCGAAAGGUGCGGGGCCCUGCACGCGGGCGACCAGAUCCUGUCCAUCGACGGCACGGGCAUGGAGCACUGCUCGCUGCUGGAGGCCACCCAGCUGCUGGCGAGCGCCACGGACAACGUGCGCCUCGAGAUCCUGCCCAUCCGGCAGACGCGCCUCGCACUCAAGGGGCCCGAGCAAGUGAAGGUGCAAAAGAGUGAGAGGCACCUUUCUUGGGACCCACGGGCCUCCCACUUCCACACCUACCACCCAGGUGACGGCCGAGUGAGGGACCGCCUUCCUCCUCCUCCUCCUCCCCCGUCCCACCAACUGCACUCCAUGGCGAUGGUGUCGGCCACGUUCUCUCCGACCUCCAUGAGCGCUCACAGCAUCAGCUCGCUCCACCCGAGCAGCCUGGGCCGCGCCACGCUGCCCCUGGGCUCGCGCAGUGCCUCCGUGCGUCGCCGCGCUCGCAAGAAGGACUUCAAGAGCUCGCUGUCUCUGGCGUCGAGCAGCCUGGGCCCCGGCGGGCAGGUGGUGCACGCGGAGGUGAUGGAGGUGGUGCUGUACGGGGACGGCCUGGGCAGCCUCGGCGUUCAGCUGCAGGGCGGCGUCUUCAGCACCGAGGUGCUCAACCUGCCCCCCGUUGUCAGCUUCAUCGAGCCCGACAGCCCCGCCGAGCGAUGCGGAGUGCUGCAGGUGGGAGACCGGCUGCUGGCUGUGGGCGGCGUCCCCACGGAGGAGGCCACGUUGGACGAGGUGCACCAGCUGCUACGUGAGGCCGCGGCUGGCGGCCGCACGCGCCUGCAGAUGGAGUUCGACGUCGCGGAGUCCAUCGUUCCCAGCAGCGGCACGUUCCACGUCAAAUUGCCCAAGAGGAGAGGCGUGGAGCUGGGAAUCACCAUCAGCUCGCCGGCUUACCGCAAGGCGGGCGAUCCACUCGUCAUAUCCGACGUCAAGAAAGGCAGCGUUGCGCAUCGGACGGGGACUCUGGAGCCGGGCGAUCAGCUGCUGGCGAUCGACGGCGUCCGUCUCGACCACUGCUCCAUGGAAGACGCGGCUCACAUCCUGCGGCAGGGCGACGAGCUCGUGAGACUCAAGAUCCGCAAGGACGACGACAACUCAGACGAGCUGGAGGGCACGGGCGCCAUCAGCUACACGGUGGAGCUGAAGCGCUACGGAGGGCCGCUCGGCAUCACCAUCUCCGGCACCGAGGAGCCCUUCGACCCCAUCAUCAUCUCGGGCCUCACCUCCGGCGGCCUUGCCGAACGGACCGGAGCCAUCCACAUCGGAGACCAGAUCCUGGCGAUCAACGCCGUCGGCCUCAAGGGGAAGCCGCUGAGCGAGGCCAUCCGCCUCCUGCAGACGGCGGGCGAGACCGUCACGCUGCGCAUACGCAAGCUCGCCGAGCGCCCCUACCGCGCGCUGACGGGCGGCGCGGGCGCCCUGGCCGAGGGCAGCGACGGGGAGGAGGAGGAAGAGGAGGACGAGGAGGAGGAGCUGGACAGCGUACGACGCGCUGCCAAGAUGGCCGAGCUGCUGAGCGCUGUGCCGAGCCUGGACAGCGCCACUGGCUCGUGGGACGGCUCGGGCACGGACAGUGGAUACGGCACGCAAGGGAACGGAGUUGGCUCCGCUCGGGGGCUGCCGCAGCAUUCGGCGACGUGGAGAGACGCGAGGGACACACGGGACGCGAGGGACGGGAAGGAAAACCGGGGACUUCAGUCCCCUGGCGGCAGCGGUGGCAGCGCGCGACCCCGGGGCUGUGAGAGGGCGCUCGGCGAUGAUGAGUGGGAGCGGCACACGUCCGGAUUGACCGGCAGCUGCGAGCGCUUGGACGGCGAGCGGGAGGACGCGUACUGGUCGCAAGCCCUGGAGGACCUGCAGACGUGCGGCCAGGCGGGGCUGCUGCGUGAGCUCGAGGACAAAGUGGGAAGCCUUUUGAACCGGCAGGCUCUGGCUUUCAUGGCCAGCAUCAUGUCGGGCAUGUCUCCACUCUACGCGAAACCAGACGACGAUGACGAACCCUCGCCCGACGAGCCAGAGGCUCCGCGGCCGCGAGCGCGCACGGCCUGGCGCGACGGCAACGGCCACGGCGCUCGGCCACGAAAGGACGCGCACGCGGGAGGCCUCACCUCCUGGGAGCUCAAGGAGUUCCAGCGCCAACUGAAGGACAUCAUGGCGCCAACACCCGUGGAAAUACACAAGGUGGUGCUGCACAAGGAGGAGGGUGAAGACUUUGGCUUCUCCGUGUCGGACGGGCUGGUGGAGCGGGGCGUAUUCAUCAACGCCGUGCGGCCCGGCGGCCCUGCUGAUUGCAGUGGCCUCCUGAGGACCUACGAUCGCGUACUGCAGGUGAACGACAUUCACACGCGGGACUUUGACUGCUGCCUGCUGGUGCCGCUCAUCGCCGAGUGUGGCGACACGCUCGAGGUGGUCGUCAGCCGAAACCCACUGCUGUCUCGCCCUCCCCAGCAGCCGGCCCUCCCGGCCCUCCCGGCCCUGCCGGCGCCGCCCAGCCCGCCGAGCCGCGUGCGCCCCGAGCAGCGGUCGCUGGAGUGGAGCGCGAAGGAAGGCGCCACGGGCGGUGGCGACCGCCGCCGCCGCUGGGAGGAGAAGGCGGGGCCCAUGAACUUGUGAGCCGUCGGGGGAGGAGGGCCGAGCGGCGAGCGGCGAGCGACGUAGCCAGGGGGGCGUGCAGGUGGUGCGACCCGCGGCACGGGGAGGGGGGCGGGCUAGGGUUGCCAUCUCUGAGGUACAAGAAAAAACCGGGAUGUAUCCUUGAAAGAAGAAAAUAUCUCAUAAUUCUGGAAUAAAAUGCAUUGGGCUGACCGCUGUAUGAUUACGAUCUGCAAAAAAAUUUAACUUUUGAAUCUGGCCUAAAAAAGCCAGAUUUGCCCUAGACAGCUGCCUCAAAAGGAGGAGGAUCCUGGGAAAACCAGGACAGGUGAUAACCCGGACCGAGGUCCACAGGACGCGGAGGGGACCUGGGCGCUGGGCUGCGACUAGGAGCGAAAUUGGACGUGAGCCCCCAUUUAAUUCAUUCUUCCGGGGCCCAUGCCAACCACUGAUGAAGGCCCCUUGCUAACUGGCCCACCAAGUACCGUUUGUUUAUGACUCGAUGAGAAACUUGCGAGGAGACACCAGUGGUUCUGCGCCACCCCAUCAGAGCCAUAAUUUAAUGUCUUGCCCAUCCCGAUUUGGAGAGACACAGCUGAGCUUUGCUGACCCCUUGACUGAUGAGAUUUCACGAGGCCAAUUGUCGUUGCUGUUGGGAUGGAUGCAAAAAAAAAGCCAGUGAUGAUGUGUUGGCCUUUGUGCACAUUUUGUUCUCUGACAAAACGGAGCCUGCAGAGAAUGGGUACAAAUUAUAUUAACAUGGAAUUCCUUAAUUUUAGUGAUGGCAAUAUGCAAUAAUGACCAUAUACAGACACCAUGUAAACGGGUAGCCGUGCUAAUUAUUUUUAAGGGUGUCUGGUUGCACUGUUGUCCAUGGUGCAGGUUAGACAUUGAUGAGGCCUCUCACACCUCUGUAAGCAUAACAGCAGUUGGCUUUGGCAAGGUCAAUGCCUGGUGUUUACUAUGGAACAGCACAUUACAGAACCUCAAUACCCGCAACUCUUUCAUCCUCUCUCCAGGAGUAAAAAUAAAUUCGGCAAGGUUAACUUUUAGCGAUGUACAUCAUGCCCUGAUUUAUCAUUGAAUUUAGCAAGCUUCAGACAGAUUUAUUUCAUUGAUUUGAGAUCAAUAACUCAAGACUCAUUAAGACUUUACUGUAUAAAAAUAUUUCGAGUACGGUAUUACUAUUUAAUGAUUUGUUUAGAUGAUAUUACAACUCAAGCACAAGCAGGACAUCAGUGUUAAACCUUAAUAGUUAGUGUAUACCCAUUAAUGUGUUGCUGUUAAUGUGCAUAACAUAUAUUUUGGAGGGGGAAUGUGUAUUUGUUAAACUUAAAAAAAAAUUACACUGCUUAGGCACUCAUUUUUUUUCUUUCCACCGUGGUCAGUUAACACAGACACGCAUGUUGUCAGUAAAUGCUGUCGACCCACGCAUUUCUGGGUGCGAGAGCCACACAAACACAAGCCGCCAACGUCGUGGUGGCUUGUUGUUUUAUUUAAUGUGCUCGAUUUACACUCGGCACAAUAAUAACUUAGCGAGGGAGGUGGGAGGGGGGAUAUGAACCCACUACCCAGAUGCCGCUGGGUUAAUUUUCUACUUUCCUAUUACUAUAGGCCACUUUCCUUCAUUAAAAGGAUUGGAUAUUCUACAUAAAAACAAAAAAACAUGUGUAUGUUUGUUUACAUUGUUAAGUACUCUAUCAUAAUUAAUUUUGAUAUAAUCAUAGCUUCCAAAUAUCAUGCUCGUCAUAUUUUUUGUAAGCCGUUAUACCCUCGAACAAUUUUGAUGAUGUGUUUUUGCGUUACGUUUCUGAGCAGAGAUGUCAUAUCUAAAAAAGAUAGGAACGGUUUUGAAGUUGUUUUUCGUGCCACUAAAUGUUAUAUGUGCCUUUUUUUAUAAACACACUUUGAUGUGUAUCAAACCCACUGCUGUACAGUAACAUUAGCAGUAUAAAAUUAUAACUGUGCAUAAGUAUAUUCGUAGCAUUUUAAUUGUAAGGUCAUUUAGGAAGGGGUUUUGGGGAAGGGGGGGUGUGGGAGGGGCAUACAAGCUGAAUCUAUUUAAUAUAUUUCUUUACAAACAAAAAUAUGUAUAAAGCAUAGUUUACUUAGCCAGUGAAACCACAUAUAUGUUUGGUGCUGAUGUUCAAUUACCGGAACACAACAAAGAGUCAUUAUUUUGUAAAAAUGUGUUUCAUUUUCCACGGAUGUUCAUGCUGUGGAAAUAAAACGUCUUUUGGGUGCAGCGGGAGAGAUGUGAUCACCUUGGGGGGGAAGAACUUGGCUUGGGGAGACGUCCGGCCACGUGUCACUCAAAAAAAACGAAACUAUUUUUUAUGUUACCAGUGUAAGACCCACCGAGCUACAUAGCUCUUUUUCAGAAGUGACCUGGCCACAAAUAAUACCUCAACGAAGUGGCUUAUCACGUGGACAUUUUUGGCAGCCAAAUACUCUAAAUGCGUGACGUUGAUUUUUAAAUAUGGAGGGCAAAACUGGAGAAAAUCCACGCGAUCGCUGAUUGAAAGACACGCAAACUCCAAAUAUCCAAGCGUCAGGGUAGGGAUCGAACCCACGUCCACGGCAAGGUAGUUAACAUCUCGUCACGUUUUCCUCGCCGUAUAAGCCUCACAUGCUCCUGCUUGUCCAACUUCUCAAAAACCUCAUAUCCAGUCACCACCGCACUCACAUCCCAGGCAUUCGUUUCUGCAUUCUUUUAUUCAAUCGUGGAGUCAAUAUUUCCGCGAGAUAAUUAAACCCCACUAUGCAUUUUGAACAGAUUCCUUUCAUUAACGUCACUUUUAUUUACCCAUGAAAGUCCCACUAAAUCUCAAGACUUUUUUUAGGAGAGUUCCAGCAUCAAGAUAUUUGACCAAUUGCAUUAAUCAGCUUGUGGGAGGAAACUGGAACUCCCAGAUAAAUGUGUUGGCAUAUAAGAUGAAGCACUCAAAGCUCCACAAACAGGAAUUUAAUCUACUUUUUCUGAACGACCAUAUCCUGGGCCACCUCGCAGCAGGUGGGAUUGUUGGGGGGGUUUCGACAUCUUUGUGUGAUCCACAAACCUUCGCUUCCAGAGUGAGUGCCGGAUCAGGCGUGCAGCACUUUCACCCAGCUCUUAGUGGCUUGCAGUUUUGGGUUAGGAGUUAGGUUCAGUGCUUGGUUCGUGUGCUCUCUACCCUCAAACUGCUUGACACAUCUUCCUUAUUGGAGGGUAUACCACCUGAUCAUUCAUUUUAGACUGCUUAUCAUUUAUCCAGAGGUUUUUUUUGGACGGUUUGAUCGCGUCAAUAUAGAUGUGUCGUUAAACCCACCACCACCCGACAACCAAUUGGUAAGGUUUGUCACGUAAACGAAACAUGCCAAUUCAUUACUGUGUUGGAGAUUGAAGCCACAACAGUUUACUAUUCGAUUGGGUUCACUCUCCAACACCGGUGUGCUAAACCAGUAGCGGAUUGACAUUUUUGCUUACGUGAUAAACCUUACCAAUUGUGUCGGUGGUGGCUGGCUUAACGACGCAUGUAUAUUUACGCGAUCUAACCAAAAAACAACCUCCGUUAUGGAUAUUAGUCGCGAAAGCCUACUUAUGUGUUAAACUGGGCUCGAUAGCUCUCUUUCAGAAGCUACCUGGCCACAACGAUAGCUCAACGAAGUGGCUUAAUCAUGUGGAAAUAAUGUCUGUUGCUUCAAGUGCUUUUGACCCACACCAGGGCUCAGCGAUACCACCCCAAUCCCACCUCGUGUUGACGCUGCAGGCAACUUACUCGCGAGCGUGCCGUGUCUUCAUGAAGACGUGAAGCCGGUGGUCACGUUUCAACGUACACACACAAACACAAUGCAGAGUGGAGCUGUUUCAAGAACUGCCGGUGGUACGACACUAGCAGUUUAGUUUUUUUUCCCUCCGCAAUGUACUUAUCAACUGACUCGAGGUGAUGGAAAGCCACCUUAUGUAAGCAGGUGCAAGAAGAAUAUGAAGCUUCCGUGUCCUGGCGCAAAAAGACGUGUUGUCAAUAAGAGCGAGAGUUGAAGUUUCCCGUGUUGGCACCACGAUGAAUAUUGCAUGCCAGAAACACGUGUUUAUUGGUGCGUGGCCGUCGGUCCUGGUGAAUUAAUUUCAGCACAAACGCGCAGGCUCUGACGGCUCUUGUGAAUCUCACUGACAAUCCUGCUUUGUCAAUAUUUGGAAGGAAAAAAAUGUGAUGUUGACGAUAGGCAGUGAUGGGAUGAACACGCGUGUAAUAUACCAUGGAUUUUGCCUGUAAAUUGUAUGCAUUUUACGGUUAUUUCAAUGAUUUCUUUCGUUAUUAUUUGCCUUAAAAUAUCUUGUCACCAUGUAAAAGCUUCGACUUAUAAAUAUUUAUCCGGAUGUUUGACCGAGACGUGAGCGUAUUUUUAUAUAAAACUUUAACUUCUCCGACAACGUUGCAUAUGCUUCACUGAUUGGAGGCAAGUUUGUCCACGAGUUUAUGAAUGUACGAUGCCCAGGCGCAGAAUUCCACACGCGAAGAUUCGGCGUUUGAGGAUUCCGGUGGUCACGGUCAGAUAUUUUUGUGAUCAAUGUUCUGAGCAUGUAACCGAGACGCCACACUUUUGUUAAGUCUCGACCUUGUGUUUACAUGCCGUGACUUCAGAAACGUCUUAUAAUAAACUUUCUGAAAUUA